AUGUCAAAGCAGGAGAGAGCGGAAUCGGUGAAAGUUGUCAUUCGUUGUCGGCCCAUGAAUAAUCGGGAACUUCAAGAUGGUUAUGAAAAAUGCGUCGAUAUUAACAGUGCUCACGGCACGAUCGAAGUUCGUAAUCCCAAAGGUCGAUCUGAAGAUGCACCGCGAAGAUUCACUUUUGAUGCGGUUUAUGGAGAGGACCUAUGUUUGGCGCUUGCAGGCAUAAAAGAUGAUCCGGAAUUGCGCGGAGUUAUGCCAAAUUCAUUUGACCACAUAUUUGAACAUAUCGCGGCAUCAAAAGAUUCCCAGUAUUUGGUUCGAGCGAGUUAUUUGGAGAUUUACAAGGAAGAAAUUCGAGAUUUACUUCAUCGGGAUCAAAGCAAACAUUUGGAAAUUAAGGAGAAACCGGACAGUGGGAUCUAUGUCAAAGAUUUGUCCUCGGUUUUGACCAAAAGUAUCGGAGAAAUUCAAAAAGUGAUGAAUAUAGGCUAUCAGAAUCGUUCGGUGGGUGCCACCAAUAUGAACGAGCAUAGUUCCCGUUCACAUGCGAUCUUCAUUGUCACAAUUGAAUGCUCUAGAAUUGGAGCUGAUGGCGAACAACACAUCCGAGUGGGUAAAUUGAAUUUGGUCGACUUGGCCGGCAGCGAACGCCAGUCGAAAACACUAUCCGAAGGGGAGAGAUUGCGAGAAGCGACAAAAAUCAACCUGAGCCUGUCCACCUUAGGCAAUGUGAUAUCCGCCUUGGUUGACGGGAAGAGUACGCACAUUCCGUAUAGAGAUUCUAAAUUGACUCGUCUAUUACAAGACUCGCUUGGAGGGAAUGCAAAGACAGUCAUGGUUGCCAAUAUCGGUCCUGCCUCCUACAAUUAUGAUGAAACGUUGAACACGCUUCGUUACGCAAAUCGUGCCAAGAAUAUCAAAAACAAGCCGAAAAUCAAUGAAGAUCCCAAAGAUGCACUGUUAAGGGAAUAUCAGAGUGAGAUUGAACGACUGAAAUCGUUACUCAAAGCAAAAAGCGCUGGGAUUCCACGUGGUCCAGGAAAAUCCGGUCGAAGGAAAAAAACCCGCGCUGGCGGUGGCGAAGCUGGUGAAGAUAUGAGUGCCGAAGAGGCUGGAACGGAGGACGAUCUGGAGGGUAUUGAGGCUUACAUGCAAGCACAAAUGGAAAAACUGUCGACAGAAAAAGCGGCCAUACUGGAUGAUCAAUCGUUAGUGGCGGAAGAGAAAUCUCGUCUAUUGGACGAGCUCAAAGUUAGCAAAGUGUUCGUUUUCUAUGUUUUUGGUCAUGUUCCAUUCACAACGUUAAAAGAGAACCGAUUGCAAGAAGAACAGGCACAGACGCAACAACUGGAAUCAAAACUCCGUGCAAUGGAGAGUAAGCUUCUCCGUGGUGAUCAAUCCAUUGUCGAACAUACACGAAUGCAAGAAGCCACUCUCGCACAGCAACGCUCUCAAAUGGCCGAGCAAAGAAAACGAGAGAGAGAAAUUGUGGCUCGAAUGCGUGAAGAGGAAGGCAGUGUGGCCAAUUUACAAGAGGGAUUUACUUCACUCAAACAGGAAGUUGAAGUUAACACUCGACGUCUAAGAAAACUGUUUGAAAAGCUCCAGGAGGCUAAACAAGAAGUUAACGAGGCUCAGGAGGACGGAAUCCGCGAACGUCAAGAGCAUGAACGUGUACAAGAAGAACUGACUAGGGAAAUCAAAUUACGAAUGUUGAUUCUCGAGAACUUUGUUCCUCCUGAAGAACGCUCAAAAUUAGAACAACGAGCAAAUUAUCACCACACAUUUCACUCCUCCAGUUCAUUCUGUCGCCUUGAUCCACCGUUACGACCAGCAUUGGGUGGACGUCGACCGGUGUGUCAGUUUGCUCGAAUGGCCGCUAAAUUGGGACCGAAUCCGCGAUUUCGUGGUGAACAAUUGCUGACGUUGGAUUUAGAUUUACCCGGUCGAACCACUCGAGACUAUGAACCACCGCAACUGGCACCACAAGUUGUGGCUGCGCUGGAAGCCGCAUUGCAAGACGAGGAAGAUUUGGAACUGGAUGGAAGGUGA